AAUCGUCAUUUAGUGGAAGAUGGAACCCACGUCAUGGCCUCGUAUUUACGUGGAAAGAACUUUGGCUCUCAUUAAACCAGAUGCAAUCCACAGAAGUGAGGAGAUUGAGGAUAUCAUUCAGAAAAAAGGCUUCAUUAUCCUCCAGAAGCGCACAGUGCAGCUGACUCCAGAACAGUCUAGUGACUUCUAUGCUGAACAUUAUGGAAAAGUCACCUUCCCCAGACUGACUGCUUACAUGAGCUCUGGUCCGAUCAUCGCUUUGAGUCUCGGCCGCCACAAUGCUGUCUCUCACUGGAAGUCCAUCAUAGGACCUGCUAAAGAUGCACAAUCUCAUCCACAAUGCCUUCGAGCAAAGUACGCCACUUCUGAGCUGCAGAACGCUCUCCAUGGCAGCGACUCCUCUCACACUGCUGAGCGUGAGAUCAAAUUCAUGUUCCCAAACGCCGUCAUCGAGCGCGUUCCCUCAAGAGAAACCACUAAAGAGUACCUGAGUCGGCAUGUCAACCAAACUUUGCUGCAAGGACUCACUGAACUCUGCAAACACAAACCGCUCCAACCUUGUGUUUGGCUAGCUGACUGGCUCAUCACACACAAUCCAAACAAGCCUCAAAUAUGUCAUGGAGUUCCUGAACUGGACUAAAGGUAGAAUAUCACUCCUAGUCUGCACCAUAGGGAAGCAGAAUGACUAACGCCGGUCAAAAAUGGUCACAUUUCUAAACCGCGGACAUUUAUCCAUGAAAAUAUUAAAAAGCUACUGAUGGAGAAGUAGCUGGAAGUCCACUCUCCAAGGUAAAUGCUGUACAUUAUUAGCACUGUUGUUUUGUUUUUAUACAAUAUUUCUAAUCUAAAAGCUCCAAAAGGCUUCUUACAUGUCAAAACUGCUGUUUUGGGGGAGCAAGCACCAAUAAAAUUGAUUUCAAUUCAUUUCAACGGGAGAUGUUGAUUUGCGAAAAAAGUGUUUUAAGUGGACUUGGAGAAGGCAUUGGACCGUGUCCCUCGGGAAGUCCUGUGGGGAGUGCUCAGAGAGUAUGGGGUA